GUUCGCAAUUAAACAAUUUAUUAAACGAAAAUAACGAAAAUGCUCCGUCUAGCAUUUCCGGCACGCGCUGUACAGAAUAUCUAUACUUCGACCUUAGCUCGAAGUAGUACUAGUUUUACUGUUAAGAGGUCAAAGUACACGCUUCCGGACCUUCCUUAUGACUAUAACGCUCUCGAACCUAUUAUUUCAGCGGAUAUAAUGAAAGUUCAUCAUGAAAAGCAUCAUCAAGCGUACGUUAAUGGGUUGAACGUGGCCGAAGAAAAAUUUGAGCAAGCCUUAAAAGACAAAGAUGUUAUUUCUCAGAUAGCGUUACAACCUGCGUUGAAAUUCAACGGUGGAGGACACAUCAAUCAUUCUCUAUUUUGGGCGAAUCUUGCUCCCAAGAAGGAAGGUGGUGGCGAACCUCCAAAUGGCGAACUUCUUAGUGCCAUUAAAAAAGAAUUUGAUUCUCUCGAGAACUUCAUCAGCAAAUUUAAUACUUUAACUGCUGCUGUUCAAGGUUCUGGAUGGGGUUGGUUGGGUUAUAACAAAACGACAAAACGUGUGGAAAUCGUAACCCUUCCAAACCAAGAUCCAUUAACAACUCACGUGCCUCUUCUUGGAAUUGACGUUUGGGAGCAUGCGUAUUACUUGCAAUAUAAGAAUGCCAGACCUGACUAUCUGAAAGCUGUUUGGGAAGUUGUUAACUGGAAAACUGUUGCUGCAAGAUUUGAAAACGCCAAGUAAUUUUAGCUUACUUUGUAAUUAUAAAAUUACCUUGUAUUUCGUUAUAAAGUAAAUAGUUUCAAUGUAUAAGAAAAUCAUUUAAAUAAUAAACACGAAAAUUUUAAUAUUAUAUGA